AUGUCUAAACCUCGGAGGACGGUCGCUGCAUUCUCAGCAAGCAUUGCUACUUGUGCAUCUACUGCCACUGCAUAUGGCGCAUGUAUCUCCGCAACCAUGAACGACGUUCAUAAAGGUGUCUGCGAAAAAGAGUUUUUGGCUUUCAAGGAGUGUGUCCAAGCUUCUAUGAAACGCAAAUGGUAAACUAAAAGUCCAGCAACGUGGUCGAGUAAAAGAUAAUGUUCAUUGUAAAUUAGCAAGGUCCUCCUCUCUGAGUAAUAAAGGGAAAUAUAGUUGCAGGC